AUGUAUCCAGCUAGAAUCGAACCAGACUCUCCGCAUCAGCAAAACGUAACUGUAAUAAGUCGGCCAAAACAUAUUUGUUACCAUUCUUAUAUAAACUUUGAAACUGCAUUAUCUUCACUGUUGUGGUGGUUGAAGUUGAAGAAUUUUUUAAGAGGAAGAAUUGAAGAUUUGAGAUUAGGAACAAAGAUUCGUGAGAACUUGUGUAGGUUUUGUUUAUUGAGAAAGAUUUGUCUCAAUGAAGUAUUAACAUCGAAAGUAAAUGUGUUUAUGAGUUAUAAUUAUGCUUAUAAUAAUCCACUGAAGUAUCUCAUAUUAUGGUGA